AUGGCUUUGUACAUGUUCUUUAUUUGUCAACAAACCAUCACGACUUUGAUGAUAUCUACGGAGAUGUUGGCCGCAUUAUUCUUUCCAUUAUGUGUACAGCAUGUCUUCGGAUUCCGUUUCCACUUUUCUCAAAUUUUCUCUGCGGAAGUCCGUUUGCAAGCAUGUAACGCAGCAGCUAUCCAACAUAAAAGAUACCGAGUACUGCCUUACAUCUCGACUGUGGUUUCACUUUGCUCCAUUUACUCAUUUUGCAUUGCUUUCUGGGGAUGGACAGCCGCUAACGACGACAUAAUUCCUUUCUGCAAUCCACCACUUGCACUCGCCCCGCAUGUAAGCCGUUUCUGGUCAGUCACGAACUUUGCCAUAUGUGCGUUGGUGGUACUUCUUUACACUUUUUCAAUGGUGCUGGUUGCAGUCAGCGCAAAAUCAAGCAGCCGAAUCAGACAGCUCAAAGCUAUUCGACGACUUCAAGUCGUCGUUUUUGUCUUCAUCCUCUCUUGGACUAUGGCAUCUCUAGGUUCGGAUAUUGGAGCAUGGAUUCAAAUUUCUCCGGAAGUGCUUCCUAUCUGGGAAAGCAAUUUGGUAUUCUUCGCUUUGAUCUGCUACUCCCAAACAUUUUAUGUGUGCAUGUGGCGUUCGUCGGAGUACAGGCAAGCAUUCAAGGAGCAGAUCCAAAUUAUGAUCUGCAAAAAUUCAAAGAAACAGCCUGCUGACUCUAUACAUAUCACGGUAACUACCAAGAGUUGAGUAUACACAAAGACAUCUCCCACCAGUGUGCGACAGAGAUAAACGCGGCGCAAUUUUAUACGUUUG